AAAACUCGGAAACAAUUAGUGGCGAACCAGCCAGGAGGAGGCAGUCAGGAGCCAAGAAAGCAUGUCAGAGUGGUGAGUUAUAUCCGACACCCUCUCACUUGAAUUCUGCCUGUCGCUUUAAGAACACUGGAGCGGAGUUGAGAAAUCCAAACUAACGGGGAAUGGGAGGGCCCACUGAGAAGCACCCCAGCAACCCGACCACGGAUGGGCUUCCCUGGACACCAUGAACCACACUGUCCAAACCUUCUUCACUCCCGCCAGCACCUACCGUCCCCCCAACUAUGAGAUGCCUAAGGAGGAGCAAGAGGUGGCUGCAUCGGGGGUGCCCCACAACCCUGCGCCCCCGACAUCCACGGUGAUCCGCAUCCACAGCGAGACCUCCGUGCCAGACCACGACGUCGGGUCCCUGUUCAACACCCUCUUCAUUAACUCCCGCUGCCUGGGCUUCACAGCUUUCGCCUGCUCCGUGAAGUCUAGGGACGGGAAGAUGGUUGGCGACCUGACCCGGGCCCAGCCCUACGCCUCCGCCGCCAAGUGCCUGAACAUCUGGGCCCUGAUUUUGGGCAUUAUCAUGACCAUUCUGCUGAUCAUCAUCCCAAUACUGAUUCUGCAAGCCUAUCAGUAGAUCCAGAGGAAUCAUCCCGGCCAGGGGCUCUGCCUGUGACCUGUCUCCCACGUACUCCAGCUUCCAUUCCUCGCCCUGCCCCCAGCCCAUCCUGUAUC